AUGGCAGCCCAACCUCAUGCAUGGAUGACCAAGGAGUUGUUCCUCAAUUGGUUACAUCACUUUGCAAGAUCUAUACCUGGUGGAGUUUCACCUAAUAAUAGGCAUUUGCUCAUCUUUGAUGGCCAUGGGAGCCACGUGGCAUUUCCUAUGAUCCAAGAGGCAAAAGUUUUAGGAAUUGAUCUUGUUACAUUUCCAGCUCACACAAGCCAUAAGCUCCAACCUUUGGGUGUAAGUGUGUUUUCUCCCUUUAACAACUAUUUUAAAAGUGAGAGAUUAGAAUGGAUGGCAAAGCAUCAUAGAUUAGAAAUCAAUAGAUCUGAAUUAGCCAGACUAUUCAGCUUAGCAUUUAAAAAGGCCCUCACUGCAGAUAAUAUUAAGGCAGGAUUUAAAAGAACUGUUAUUUGGCCAUUGAACCCCACAUCACUUAUGAAUGACAUGAAUCCUAGUAGAGAAUUUAAUGUUGAUGUUGAGGAGGAAGAUGAAACAAUUGCAAUUGAAAGUAUUUUGAGUUUUGCAGGAGGACAACAUGAUACUGCCACUGCUGAAAAUGGACAACAUGAUACUUCCACUUCUGAACAAGGACAACAUGAUACUGCCACUGCUGAACAGGUUCAACAUGAUACUUCCACUGCUGAACAUGAUUCUGCCUCUAAGUAUGGUGUAGAAGAUGAAGAUAAUUUAUCAAGAGAAAAUGAAAUCAUGGUUGAUGAAGAAGAAAACCGAAUGCAAUCACUAUCAUCUUUUCUUAGGUUGCCAAAUGCAAUGGUGAAUGAAAAAUAUUCUCAUAAGAGUGGUGGCACAAUUAGGUUGAGCAGACAAUCUCAAAUACUCAUAGGAGACGAGUACAUGCAAAUUUACAUGGAGCAAGAAGCCAAAAAAAAAGAGAUUGCAGAUUUGAAGGCAAGAAAAAAGGAACGGGCUGAUGAGAGAAAGGCUGCUAGAGCUAUUGAGAGAGAGCUGAAGGAACAAAAAAAGGUAGAAAAUGCAUUGAAGAAGCAAAAGAAAGAACAUCUAAGAAUAAUUCAAAGGAAAGAGAAAGAUCAAAAAAAAGAAGAGGUGAAAAGGAUGAAGGAAUUUGAAAAGGCAAGGAAGGAGCUGGAAAGACAAAGGCGUUUGAGCAACCCCUUAUAUCCUAUUUUAGAAAAUUCAAUUCUCAGAGACAUGAUUAACAUUUACACUCCUGCAUAUUCAUCAGUUGCCAACUAUCCAAUUAACAAUCAGGUUUCUAUGAGCCAAUUGCAGAUUCUCAUAACACCUUCGAAGGAGCAAGAAAAAGGAGGAUCAAGUUCUAACAUUGCAGCUAUGGCUAAUGAUGGUCAUUGCUCCAUGCUUCCCCCAAGGAUGGUGUAG